AUGUCGAAUACGGCUGUCAUUCACGCAUACAGGAAUCUGUACCGACAAAGCCUCAGAGCUAUCCGGUUCUCAAAGCCGGCACGCUAUACUUUGCGCGACCGCAUACGAUUAGCCUUCCGCAAGGGCAGCGCUGAAGAUUUUGAGCCUCACAAGGUCCAGAAUACUCUUGAGUUUCUGCAAUAUGCCACAAAGCAGAAUGGCUUGGAACACAAAAUAUUGAAGAACUUGCUGUUUGUCUGGUGGGUUCAGGACAGCGGCGGCCGAUCAAGAUCAAGGCAACGAAACGCGUCUCAAGAAGAGCUUGCGAUCAAGACCACUGCCUACGACACCUUUAAUCAUAAUGUUCGCAUGCUAAAUGAAAGCAUGGACCUGUGCCUUCCUGCUAUGACUGUUCGCGACCCACUAUGA